AUGCUCAUGGAUCUGUGUUCAUGGGUGUUUUCUGAACAGAUAUCAAGAAGGUUUUAUGUUGGAAUUGCAGAGGCAGUCGGGUAUUUGCACAAUGGAACUGAGAGAUGUGUUGUGCACAGAGACAUUAAGCCCUCAAACAUCCUUCUCUCUUCUAAGAAAAAUCCCAAGUGA